CAUUCCUUAAUACUUAUUUUCCAAUCGACGCGUCGCAGCGUGAAAGCGUGUGCCCCUGCAGAGUUUCUUCUUGGUUAUAGAGGCAAGGUGCGCCCUGCGUUAGCACCAUGGAGGACUCUACUACCCGUCAGGAGACCGAGGGUAAGACAUAUGAGGCAAUCCACCCAGAUGGCCAUCACAUCAAGAACGACGAUCAAAGCUCAGCCACCUACGAUGAUACUGCACGCAAUUCCGAGUACAUGAACGAGAAGGGCACAGGCGAGGAGGUCAAGGGCGGAGUCGCGGUCCAGCGUGCCGAGGCCGAAUUUGCUCAAUUGUCCAGAGAGCUGUCGCGCACAAGUCAGAUCUCACGCCGAAUGAGCCGCAUUCAGAGUAAUCACAGCCACAAGAACAAAACCCAAACCGACAUUGAGAAAGGCAUCGAUAGCUCUAGUAUUUCAUCUGAAGAAGGUUUUGAUCUUGAAAAGACCCUGCGUGGCAACCGCGAUGAUGAGGAGGCUGCGGGGAUCAAGUCCAAGCGCAUCGGCGUUGUAUGGGAUGAUCUGACUGUCAGUGGAAUUGGUGGUGUGAAGAACUAUGUCAAGACCUUCCCUGAUGCCUUCGUAUCGUUUUUCAACGUGUUCGAGACUGCCAAGAGCCUUUUGGGUAUGGGUAAGAAAGGAGAGGAAUUCAACAUCUUGAAAGGUUUCCGAGGUGUACUCAAGCCUGGAGAGAUGUGUCUGGUCCUUGGUCGUCCAGGCAGCGGUUGCACUACCUUUUUGAAAGUCAUCAGCAACCAGCGUUUUGGUUAUACCAACAUCGAGGGCAAGGUCCUCUACGGUCCUUUCGAGUCUGACUUCUUCGAGAAGCGGUACCGUGGCGAAGCAGUCUACUGCGAAGAAGACGAGAACCAUCAUCCCACACUCACAGUUGGGCAGACUCUCGAUUUUGCUCUUGAGACAAAGGUCCCUGGCAAGCGCCCAGCUGGCCUUUCUCGACAAGCUUUCAAGGAUAAGGUCAUCGACAUGAUGCUGAAGAUGUUCAACAUCGAGCACACCAGAAACACCAUCGUCGGUAACCCGUUCGUUCGUGGUGUAUCUGGUGGCGAACGCAAACGCGUUUCAAUUGCCGAGACCAUGAUCACAGGCGCAUCCCUCAUGUCGUGGGACAAUUCCACCCGUGGUCUUGAUGCUUCCACGGCGGUCGACUACGCGCGCUCGCUCCGUACACUCACCAACAUCUACAAGACCACCACCUUCGUUUCGCUCUACCAAGCCUCUGAGAACAUCUACAAGUGCUUCGACAAGGUUCUUGUCAUUGAUGAAGGGCGUCAGGUAUAUUUCGGCCCUGCUGGAGAGGCUCGAGCAUACUUUGAAGGCCUUGGAUAUCUCGAGAAGCCUCGUCAGACCACUCCUGAUUACUUGACCGGAAUUACAGACCCCUUUGAACGCGAGUACAAGGCUGGCCGAGACGAGACCAAUACUCCUUCCACCCCAGAUGAGCUCGCCGAAGCCUUCAACAAAUCGCAGAGUGCCGUUGGACUUGCGACUGAGAUGAGCCAAUAUCACGCUGCUAUGGAACAGGAGAAGCACGUCUACGAUGACUUCCAGACAGCCGUCAAGGAGGGAAAGCGUCAUGCUUCGAAGAAAUCGGUCUAUUCUAUUCCCUUCCACCUUCAGGUCUGGGCUUUAGCCAAACGCCAAUUCUUGCUCAAGUGGCAGGACAAAUUCUCCCUCGUCGUAUCCUGGUUCACAUCCAUCGUCAUUGCCAUAAUCAUCGGUACCGUCUGGCUCGAUCUUCCUGAUACCUCCGCUGGUGCCUUCACUCGUGGCGGUGUGUUGUUCAUUGCCCUACUUUUCAACGCUUUCCAGGCCUUUUCCGAACUCGCCAGUACCAUGCUGGGCCGUCCAAUCAUCAACAAACAUCGCGCAUUCACGUUCCAUCGACCUUCUGCAUUGUGGAUCGCUCAAAUUGGAGUUGAUCUAGUUUUUGCCGCCGCUCAGAUUCUAAUCUUCUCCAUCAUCGUCUACUUCAUGACUGGUCUUGCCAGGGAUGCUGGUGCUUUCUUCACCUUUUUCCUGAUGAUCGUCACUGGAUACCUCGCAAUGACGCUGUUCUUCCGAACAGUCGGCUGUCUUUGCCCUGACUUCGAUGUUGCUAUCCGUCUUGCCGCUACAAUCAUUACUCUGUUUGUGCUGACAUCCGGAUAUUUGAUCCAGUGGCAGUCUGAACAGGUCUGGCUGCGAUGGAUCUUUUAUAUCAACGCCCUCGGUCUAGGCUUUGCAGCGUUGAUGUUGAACGAAUUCAAGCGAGUUGACUUGACCUGUGCCGACGCCUCACUCGUUCCCUCAGGUCCAAGCUACACAGAUACCAACUCUCAAGUCUGCACUCUCCCUGGCUCUGUCGCUGGUUCCAACAUCGUUCGUGGUAGCGAUUAUGUUUCACAGUCUUUCAGUUGGGAGGUCGGCAAUCUUUGGAUGUACUGGGGUAUCUGCGUCGCUUUGAUCAUCGGCUUCCUCCUCGCCAACGCCUUCCUGGGAGAAUUUGUUAAGUGGGGUGCUGGAGGUCGUACUGUCACAUUCUUCGUCAAGGAAGACAAGGAGCUGGCGGAGCUCAACACUAAGCUUCGCGAGAAGAAGGAGAGACGCAACCGCAAGGAAGCAGGCGCCGACGAAAGCUCUGAACUGAACAUCACAUCCAAGGCAAUCUUGACUUGGGAAGACCUUACCUACGAUGUUCCGGUUCCCUCGGGCGAGCUGCGACUUCUCAACAACAUAUUUGGAUACGUUCGCCCAGGCCAGCUCACUGCGCUUAUGGGUGCAUCAGGUGCCGGAAAAACGACACUUCUCGACGUACUCGCCAACCGCAAGAACAUUGGUGUCAUUGGUGGUGACAAGCUCAUUGAUGGAAAGGUCCCUGGCGUCUCCUUCCAGCGUGGAACUGCCUACGCCGAACAACUCGACGUCCACGAGCCUGCUGCCACCGUGCGAGAGGCCCUUCGAUUUUCUGCCGACCUGCGCCAGCCGUAUGAAACACCCCAGGCCGAGAAAUAUGCCUAUGUGGAAGAAGUCAUCGCAUUAUUGGAGAUGGAAGACAUUGCCGACGCCAUUAUCGGUGACCCUGAGACCGGUCUUGCUGUUGAGCAACGUAAGCGUGUGACAAUUGGUGUUGAACUCGCAGCCAAGCCUGAAUUGCUCCUCUUCCUCGACGAACCAACUUCUGGUCUUGACUCGCAGAGUGCCUUCAAUAUCGUCCGUUUCCUUCGCAAAUUGGCCGCCGCCGGUCAAGCAAUUCUCUGCACUAUUCACCAGCCGAACUCAGCUCUUUUCGAGAACUUCGACCGUCUCCUGCUCCUCCAGCGAGGUGGCCAAUGUGUCUACUUCGGUGACAUUGGCAAGGAUGCUCACGUUCUUCUCAAGUAUUUCAAGGAUCAUGGUGCUGAUUGCCCUUCCAACGCAAACCCGGCUGAGUGGAUGCUUGACGCUGUCGGCGCUGGUUCUGCUGCCCGUAUCGGUGACAAGGACUGGGCUGACGUCUGGAGAGAUUCAGAAGAAUUUGCUCAGGUCAAGCGUGAUAUCAUUACCAUGAAGGAACAGCGUACUGCGGAGGUUGGAUCUGCCGAGCCCGUUGAGCAGAAGGAGUACGCUACACCAAUGGCGUACCAGAUCAGCCUCGUCAACAAGCGCAUGAACCUUUCCUUCUGGCGCACACCCAACUACGGCUUCACCCGUCUGUUCAACCACGUCAUUAUUGCCCUGUUGACAGGUCUCAUGUACCUCCAACUGGAUGACUCGCGCGCAUCGCUCCAGUACCGUGUCUUCAUCAUCUUCCAGGUUACCGUUUUGCCCGCCCUCAUUCUUGCCCAGGUCGAACCCAAAUACGCCAUGGCGCGGAUGAUCUCCUUCCGCGAGCAGAUGUCCAAGGCCUACAAGACAUUCCCCUUCGCCAUCUCCAUGGUCAUCGCUGAGAUGCCUUACAGCGUCCUCUGCGCGGUGUUCUUCUUCAUUCCUCUCUACUACAUCCCCGGCCUCAACUCCGACUCCUCUCGUGCGGGUUACCAGUUUUUCAUCAUCUUGAUCACUGAGGUCUUCUCCGUCACUCUCGCCCAGGCAAUUGCUGCGCUGACUCCUUCGCCCUUCAUUGCGGCCUACGUCAACCCCUUCAUCAUCAUCAUCUUCGCUCUCUUCUGCGGUGUCACCAUUCCCAAGCCCCAGAUUCCCAAGUUCUGGCGCGUUUGGCUUUACGAACUCAACCCCUUCACCCGUCUCAUUGGUGGCAUGGUUGUCACCGAGCUCCACAACUUGCCCGUUACCUGCACGGCUGCCGAGUUCAACCAGUUCCGCGCCCCAGAUGGUCAGAACUGCGGCGAGUACAUGUCCGACUUCUUUGCCAGCGGCGCCCCUGGAUACCUCCUCGACGAGGCGGCUAGCCUGUGCAACUACUGCGCGUACAAGGUCGGCGACGAGUUCUACACGCCGCUUGGCUACGAGUUCGGCAACAGGUGGAGGGAUCUUGGCAUCUUCCUUGCUUUCAUCUUCAGCAACUUGGCGAUCUUGUUUGUUGCUGCCCGCUACUUGAACUUCAACCGCCGCUAAGCUUUGGCUUAUGUGAUUGAUCGUUGAGUUGUAUAAAAGCAUUGUUUUGCAUCAUGUGAACCUCAUAGAUCCUCAUUUGGCGGCGUUUAUAUCAUGUCCUUCGUUAGCGUUAGCGAAGACCAUAACGAUACUAGUAUGUAAUAUGUGCAAUGCAUUCCGAUAUUCUAUUCACUUUUUGAGCACGGAGUCAA